UCUGGACUCGAGACGAAAAAAACAUCACCGGUUCCGUUGUGUUUUUGCAGUUUUUAGCUCUGAAUUACUCUGCAAAAAAUGUGCGUCCGUAGAGGGAGUUCGUGCCCGAGCUCACACUACUUACCUUCCUCAAAGAAAGUUCAGAAACACCACUGCUGGUGAGCUCAUUUCGCCUGUUUAAAAACGACGUUAUAGAAGAAUCCCCUUGAAUUAAGCGAGUGAGUGGCGACCUCGACCCGAGCAGGGUGACAACAGAAGACUCAUUCACACAGCUCUGUUGUAGGAUGUGUCACCCCGUUGUCCUUUAACUUGUCAGGAAAAUUAAUAUUGAGACUCAGAGUAAAACUAAAGGCUCAACGAGAUUCGCAUAUUUUUCUUGUUGCAUCUCAUUCACUGUUGGCCACUGCUUUAAUAGUAACCUAAUAUAAUGACUGCUUCAGGUCGGCUGGCUAAAAAACUUUGGCACCGUAUUUCUAUUGACAUAAUAAAACAAGACGUGAUUAGCACACUUUCUGGUGCUUUAGAAGAUCCAGAUGUUUUUUAAAUGUCAAUGAAAGAACUCAGAUCAGCCUCUGGCCCUCACGUACUCCAACCAGAUUCAAAUGUGCUGAAUCAAAUCAAUAAGGUGACGGCUCGACGCAACUUAGGUCUCACGAACUUGUCUGUGAAGAAAUAAUUUAUUCCCUUCUCAUGAUGCAGAUUGUGUAGGCCUAGCCUAUGUGAAGCAUGUGGGUGCGUGGCACAGGUCACUUUGUAGGCCAGCUCAAUGUAUCGUAAUUAAAUGAUUUAAUAUCAGCAGACUAACAGAAUGAUUUUACAGACAAAAGUGAAGGCUACAUAGGCCUAUGGUUUGAACAGACUUUCUUUUUUUUUCCUCCAGUGUUUUGUUCAAUGUGGCCACGAUUUUCUUCGCACCAUUAAACACACAAUUUUGCAGUUUUUUGUGACAAAAGAACAGCAAUACGCAACUUUUACCUGUGGUAGUUGCUUUAUUUUGCACGCACUUGUAAAAGCACUAACUCUGGUAAUACUAAUUGGCAUUGACCAGUGACCUUUGUAAUUGUGAUUUUCACGUGCAGACUAACAAGUGGCAUUAAACCUUAUAUUAACUUAGAAGGAACAUUAUUAUAUUCAAAAGUUCAGGUGCAGAUUUAUUUCAAAUCUUAAACAUCACGACGCCAUAAACAAAAAAGGCUACAGAAAAAAGUGUAUCAGGAAAGAGGAGCAGUGAUGCCUUCACCCUUACCAGCUUGACAGGAAACAUACCGCCUCACUAAUAUUUAAUUAUUACCGACACAAAUCCACGAUGGUUUGCUUAUUUUAUUGCGUAGCAGCAUAUUAUCUGGCCUAUAAUUAGAAGGUCGCUUCUCUUUUUUAACCCUUCUCAGUAAAAAGCAGCUUCCUCCUGCCUUCAUUUGCACACAGUCCCUCUGUGUUUUCACCUCCCACACACCUUUUCUGCACAGAUUCGGGGGGAGGGGUUUGGUCAAUGCACCUGCACCUUUUCUCCUCCAUUUCCUCCCCUCUGCUCAGCCUGAAACGUGCAGUCCUCUUUACGUCCUCGUCAAACACGGUCGGUCCAUCCAGCUGCAGUAGUUGCUUUGAGGCCUCAGACAUGCUCGGUGCUUUUGUCUACGCGCUCGUUUCAUUAUAUCCGUUUUUUCAUCGCUUGUCUGCGGCAGCCCACCCAUCAGGUCACGAGGAUUCACCGUGGUUCAUGGGAUGCGUCAACGACAGCAACAGGCUUUAUGCACCCAAAGGUGGACGUGACCUUGACCCGGUAACCUGCUGUGCACGUUGCCUGGAUGAGGGGUACCAGGUUGCAGCGUUGACCUCAGAGGGUUGUUACUGCGACAACCGGCAACACGGCUUGGUGGCCAGAGAGUGUUUCAACACAUCUUCCAAAGGAGGGACAAAGGAUGCCAGAGGAGAAAGUGAAAGACAAAGCAUGCCUGCUGGAGGUGGACCAGGAAGUGUGGCACUCUACAGAACUGAAGGACCAUUCCUGCACAGUGUUCGGCUGUCUACUUCUCCAGACAGAGUGCAGGCUGGGAAGGCUUUUGUCGUGGAAGUUUCAGGAAACCUGGCUGGACGCCCCAGCCAGCCCACAGGAAUUCUGGGUCUGAGAGGGCAGGAUCUCUCUCAUGUCACUGUUGAGUUUCAGGAAACAACCCCUAGAGGUCAAAGUUCACAUCGUGUGAAUUUGUUGGAUGACGGUUCCUUUGUUGUGUCAUCUGAUUGGAUUUUGGAAACUCCGGGAAAAUAUGAACUCAACGUCAGUGUCUCCAACCCCCUCUCCACACUCUCCUCCACCCUCCAGCUCUCUGUCUUGCAUCACUCCACAGACAGCUUGAUGAUCUCUGUUCUUCAUGGGCCCCUGGGUGUCCCCUCCUGCAUCCCGUUCCUACAGACAGGCUCCAAGAGCGAGGCAGUCGAGGCAGCGUACCUGGGCGACCCUGUCACACUGCAGGCAUACACAGCUGAUGGUCCGCCGCUAGAGUUUAUUUGGUGGUUUGCUCACAAGGGAAAAGAGAAGAACACAGAGGGUGUAAAGACAGCUUGCCUUCCCAACUCAGGCUGUCUGAACAGCACCGUGAACUGGACCUUUGAAACAGAGGGAGUUCACAUGGUGUCAGUGAACGCCUCCAGUGCCUUUGGAUGGACACAGGAGACGAUAUAUGUUGCGAUUGUGCGUCUUGCCGUCUCUGACCUCAGAGUGAGUGCGCCGGGGGAUCCGCUAAUGGCCGGGGAAGGCAUUUCUGUAGACGUGGAGCUGUUCACCACGAUGAAGCACCUACUCGCCCUCGACCUCUCGCUGAAUGCUGAGGUCAGCAACAUUGGCAUGAGGGAUAAUUUAAGCAACACUGACGGUGGAGACUUUAGUAGUGACAAUAAAAACAUCAGUGACAAAGCUGAAAAUCAUUCAAGCAAAAACUCUCACCAGGAAAACAGCAACGAUCACAACUGCAGCAGCAAUUAUCAACUCAACCAAAACCACCAAAACAUCUAUUUUCAUGGUGCCACCCACUUAUAUGUUGGCUCUGAUGCCCACCACUUCACCUCCCUUCAUCUCCUCCACACCUCCAAACGCUCAAGCUGCCAUUUGCACCUCCACCUUCACUGCCGCCUCCCCACCACUGCAGGACAGUAUUGCCUCACAUCGUCUGUUCUCUCCAAUUCUGACCCUUCGUCAGUGCUGCUCUCCACCGUCCUGCCUCGACCCUUGAUGGUGUACGAACACAUAUGUGCCCUGAGGCCUUCUGGGAGUUGGAAGUCAGUGGUUUCAACACGCUCAGAACUCAGCCUGGAGGUCGUCAGCCCUGCGAACCGAAUGGGGUCAAAAGUGAUUUGGACUUUUAGUUUGGAUAGUGUUAUUGUGAUGAGCAGGACGACUGAAGAAUGGAACGUAAAUGUGUCUCUUGCAGUAGCAGGCCGUUAUGAAGUGACAGUUAAGGCCUUUAACCCAAUCAGCUGGGCCUCAUUCUGCACACACAUCCUCGCUCAAGACCCGGUUGGAGGGUUGGUGUUGAAUGUUCCCAGUGUGAUCACAGCACAUCAAAUGUACCCCGUUUUAUUUAGUGUCACUGCAGGGUCAAAUGUGACUGUGUCUCUGCUGGCGAAUGCGACACUUCUCUACAGAAACAGCAGCUACACGACAGGUGAAGAGGCAACAGUGGUUUUGCUUCUCAACCACACCAGGACAGUUGCGGUGGAGCUUCGAGCUGAAAAUCAAGUGUCUUCUCAGAACAAAAGCCUAAGAGUGUGUUUUGACAGGAACAGGAUGUCGUUACCACAAGUUAGAGCUAAUGCAACGUGGCAACCACCUACCAGUCAAAGUCCUGUUCACAGCCUCGCAGACAAUGUGCGGAUUUAUGCAACAAAGCAAGCUUACCCCACAAAUACAGAUAUAACUUUCCUGGCUGUGGCUGAAGUACCAGACCCUGUAGAGUUCCUCUGGCACUUUGGAGACUCUAGAUCAGCCAGAACCACUUUAAGGACCGUCACUAAAAGAUACCAAAAACCUGGCAGGUAUGAUGUAGUUGUAGUUGCGAUGCCAGUUGGCCGGGCCUCCCUCACCUCCGAUGUGUUCUCGCUGGUAGUCCAGAGAGCAGUGAAGCUCAACAGGCUGCUCCACCAGGCUUCUGUCCUGCCGAACCAGACGGUGGUGGUGAGUUGCUGGGUCAAUGUGGGGACUGACAUCAGCUUCCUGUGGAGCUUCGGAGACGGUUCAUCCAGGCCGGGACAGAGCACAGAACAGCACGUCUUCCACAGGACAGGAGAAUUCAGAGUGCAAGUAACCGCGUCCAACCUGGUUAGCUCUGCCUCUCUAUCUAGUCACAUCUUUGUUGUGGACCGGCCUUGUCAGCCUCCACCAGUCAAAAACAUGGGUCCUCUAAGGCUACAGGUGAGAAGAAAUGAGGUUAUCCAUCUGGCGGUGACGUAUGAGACUGAAGUUGACUGCGACGUUUCAGGAGGCCUUGACUACACCUGGACCUUGUUUGACUCUGCAGGACAGGUCUUCCCUUUGCCUCUCAUAGACACACACAGGCAGAACCUCGUUCUGCCAAGCCAUCUCCUGCACUAUGAUACCUACACUGCCAUAGCCAGGGUUCAGGUCGUCGGCAGUGUGGUGUACAGUAACUACAGCGUGAGAGUGCAGGUGAUACCAAGCCCUCCUGUGGCCUUGAUCCAGGGUGGCACGAACAUCUUCAUUAAGAACAGGAACACCACAGUGGUAACCCUGGAUGGGCAGAGAUCUUACGACCCUGACUUCCCCAUGAACCCAGUCAGCUUCAGUUGGACAUGUAAACCAGUGAGCUCAAUCACCACAUCCUGUUUCCACCAUGACAUUCCAACGUCAUCCCCUGUGCUCGUAUUUCCUGCUAGUUUCCUAAAACGCAACUUUGACCAGUUCCGGUUCACGCUCACCAUCCACAGCGGUGAGCGGUCAGCUUCAUCAGAGACCUUCCGCACAUUAACAUCAAAUGUGAUCAGGAUGGUGUCAGUUUACUGCCCUCAGUGCCAGGGAGACCAGGUGAACUGGGAUCAGUCUUUCUCUGUCAGCGCCUUGUGUGAAGGCUGUGAUAUUUCCCCAAAAUACACCCAGUACACCUGGAGCCUGUACUUGGUCAAUGUGUCCUCCAAGCCUGUCAUAGAAGUCCCGUUUUGUUACACAGUGCAUCUUGGUGCUCCGUCUACCAUCGUGGAAGGUCCUGCCACUUCCCUGCAUCCACCUGCUACAGAUGCUUCACAGCACACCCAUCCUGUCAAUAACUCUCUUAUUAAGAAUGCCUCUGAAACUACAGCCAAAAAGCUAAAUCUGAAUGUGACUGACAGCGGAACAUUAUCGAAGAAUAACAGAAAGAAGUCAGCUGUCUCUGGUUUGACAGAACCUGAGCUGUCGGCUUUCUCUUCUCUUGUCAACACAAGAACAGCAGGAUCAGGAGAGGAGCCUUUUUAUCUCACUCUGGGGGAGUUUGACCCUCCAGAGCCUUUGUACUCCUACACUGAAUACCAGACUCUUGCCCUUGACAACAGUGGCGUCCUGUAUUCAGACCACUUUGGCAAGAGUGACGUUAUCAGUGAAUUGCCAAUUGAUUCUGACUCCUCUGCUGACUGGGACUUUUCCUUUCCUGUGCUGGAGAGCGAUGACUACGGAGGAAGACCAGGUGAGACAAAACUGAGCUGAGAUUUGUGAAGCUGUGAAAUUGCUCUGGUCUGGCAGUCAUCUGAAUAUAUUACAGAUUCAGUUUAUGAUGUUCCCUUGAUGAGCGCAGAGGAAGGAGACCCAGGGAUCUCAGCAGGAAGACCCACAGAUGUGGAUGGUGAGAGCUUAAGUCCAGGAGAUGAUUCAGCGUUUCAUCCAGCAUUGCACGAAGAUGAGGGGAGUAAUCUGGUGGAUUCCAGGCCAUCUGUCAUGAUCCAGGAGCCGAUCUUGCUCGAUUUAACUCGGGACCCGGUAGACAGAGGCCUUUUUGAGUCCUACACUUACACUGGAAUUUCCUCCCCUUUACUCAGUUUCAGACCUUUCAGUCUGAGGCCUGGGAGCAGAUACAUGUUGGAAGUUACUGCCAAAUCUCGUGAUAGUUUCCUGGGCCGGACUCAGCUAUUCUUAAAAACCAACCCUGCCCCAAAAGGUAUGACGUGCCAGGUGCAACCAAUCGAAGGAAUGGAGUUAUACACACACUUCAGCAUCUUCUGCACCUCAGGGAAAGAGGACUUACUGUAUGAGUACAGCAUGAGCGUAGGAGACAGACCUCCCAGGAUGCUGUAUCAGGGGAGAGAUUUCCAGUACUACUUCAGCCUUCCUUCUGGUGACCCCAGUGAUGACUAUAAAGUAACUAUUUAUACAGAGAUUAGAAGCAGCACAUAUGGGACGGCCACCAAACCCUGUCCUGUCACGGUUCAGGUCCAGCCAAGCUUCCUCAGAGACACCACUUCUUCUUCUUCUUCUUCUCAUCUUGAUCCUGAUCUGGAGCUUUCAGAGUCAGGUCUGAGGAACCUGUCAGCUCUCGUGCGACUUGGGAACAGUGUGGAGAUCCGUAACUACAUCAGUCUCCUCUCCAGCAUCCUGAACAGACUCAGCCUGGACGCAGAUGCCAACACACACGCACAGAGACGCACACGCAAUGUGCUCAUUUGCACAGUGUGUAAGCUAGGGAGCAGUGAACAGGCAUCAAUGUUGGACAACAUCUUCAUCCUCAGAAACCUUUUACAAGUUACAAGUCAGGUGACAUUAGCGAGUGCAAGACGAGUGAUAGUUCACGUUCAGGUCAUCUCAGAGCAGCUUUCCAAGCCCAGCAGUGCAGACUGGAACGAUCUGGACCAGGAGACGCUCACCACUCUGGUCACCCUGCUCUCUCACAGCCUGCAAGCUGCUGUCACUAAUAAUGGCUUCACACCAGAAAUGUCCAACAGUGCUGACAUUACACAGGCAUUAGGAUCAGACUCGCAUGAUGGAAACUUCAGAAAUGCCAUAGCACCUUCUAGUGGCUGCAUACCAGACUCAUCCAGUGGUGUUUACAUCCAAAGAGGCCGAUCGAUUUCAACAAAGCAGACGGUGCAGCUUGUAGCUGAUAUUCUGCAGACUGCUUCAGACCUGAUGCUGAAAUACCUCUUGUUCCACAGGACCCAUGAGCACAGAGUCAGCACCGAUCUUAUCUCCUUAUAUGCCACAUACCAAAACCAAACCUCCGGGGUCGUCAGCAGUGGCUCGACCGCCUUCUACAUGCCAGCCUCCCUGAUCCAGCUUCUGUUUGGCCGUCGCAGUAGAGAGACUGGGCGUAGACGUCAUCAACCAUGUGUGCUCUGCAUGCUAACUGAGCUUACCCACAGCCCUUACACCUGGGCCCACUAUCCUGGAAGGCUGAGUGGACCAGUGGUUCACCUGAGUCUGUACAAGUGCAGCACGAGGAGAAAGAUCCCUGUUCCUUCCCUCGUUCAUCCAAUAAACAUCGAGCUGCAACAACCACCAAGAAACAAGAGCUCUGUGCAUGAGUACGUCCUCCUGCGCAGCCAGGUCAACUACCACAGCUUCAACAUUACCCAGGAGCACUUGCAGCAGGCCAUCCAGCUGAGUAUAUCAUUCACACCACCGCUCAACAAGGCGUUUCCCAUCAUGCUGCUCUUCAGGAUGUUUGUGAGGCCGACUCCCAGCAUGCACCAUCUGCGCAGGAUUCAUCGCUGGGAGAGCAAUACCACUCGCUUCACUCUGCCCCCACCCUACCUCAGUGCUGCAGGGGUUGGUCAUCUUGCCCUGCUGAAUGCUGAUUUUGGGAAAGCAACUAGACACAAGCACCUGAGUGAGCAGGUCAGUUACAGUCUCUCAGUGGACAGCAGCCUGUGUUUGUCCUGGGACGACCACCCAGGGGCCUGGACUGACCAUGCCUGCAGGACACGGCAAGCAGACUCGACUACUACAGUCAAUUGCAGUUGUCACCAGUUGAGGCCGCUGACUGUAGUGCAGCAGCAGAUCCAGAGCAGCCAUGACACAACCAACCUGGACCCGUUCCUAAGUGUGCCCAGUGAUCUGACAGUGUUGGCUGUGCUGGUGCUGUGUGUGUGCCUGUACUUCGUUGGGUUGGCGGUGUGUAAGAGAGCUGACGUUGUCUACAAGGCGAAUCGGAGAGUACACUACCUUUCUGACAACUCCCCAUGUGACCCAUAUCUUUAUGCAGUCACAAUCCACACUGGUCUCUGCUCUGCAGCCUGCAUGAGUGCAAAGGUUUAUGUUGUGCUGAAUGGUGAAGAUGGGGUUUCGCAGACAAGAGAACUUAAAGUCCCAAGAUGCACCCUGUUCAGGAGAAACUCUCAAGACACCUUUAUAUUCAGUGCAGCAGACAGCCUGGGUCCAGUAUGGGGGGUUCACAUCUGGCAUGACAACUCUGGACCCUCCCCGAACUUGUACCUCAAACAGGUGGAGGUAUCUGAGGUGAACAGAGGGCAUGUGAAGGGACGCGCUUGGCUCUUUGUCGCUCAGUGCUGGUUGGCCAUGAACAAAGGCGAUGGCCGGGUGGAGAGAAUGCUGCGAGUUUGCACUCAGGGAAUGGGCUUUGCUAAGAUGUUACAUCUCAAGCUAUUUGACUACUUGGCCGACCACCACAUCUGGAUAUCUGUGCACAGCUGUCCCUGCCCUAACUCGUUCACACGCACUCAAAGGCUUAGCAUGAGUCUGCUGCUGCUGUUGGGGUACGCAUGUGUCAACACAGUAAUCAUAUCACAAAUGGACGAUCAGUUGCCUUUCGAGUUGGGCUUUAUUGAUGUGUCACCUGUUUCUGUGACGACCGGAGUAUUAAGUGUGGUGGCAGUGUUGCCUGCAGCGGCAAUAAUAUCCUUCCUGUUCCGACUGCGUAAGGUCAAGCGGACAGGGUCAGGAGUCCAACACGCAAAGGGCAGAAAGACUGAAAAAUACUUUGUUGAAGAUGCUCUUUCAGUAUCUGACGGUAUAUUUGAGCCCCAUCUCUCUUGGAGCGGUCUUCAGCAUUGGGUGCAGGAAGCCUGGAGAAAGAAAUACCAGGGUACAGAUCUGCCGCCAGCGUCCGCUGCAAAUCUGGCAAAUAAAAACACAGAUAAAGAACCUGGAAUCCAAACAGAUAUGGUCAUAAGAAAGGAGGACGCUCUAGUGCUUGAGAACAAUACGGGACCAGCGCGUCAAAAUUUGUUGCCGAUUACUGAGGGGAACAAUGUUGAAUCAGCGCCUCAGGGAAAAGAGUGUUAUCUUUUAAGUGAAAGCAGCGGCUUUCAUGGAACCCAGAGCGCUCUUUUGUCCGGUGCGAGGGAUGGAGGUCAUGCUAUUCAGAAGGAGAAUGAUCCUCGAAGGAAAAGGAAGGAAGGCAGCCAUCACCAGGCAGCGUGGUCUGGUCACAGCAGUUGUUACCACAUCGUCAGUGGGCUGAAAGGGAGAGGACCAGUAUCUCAGUGGUGUCACUGUUUGGCCUGGACGCUCUGUCUGUUGUCGUCCCUCUCAUGCCUGGUGCUCUCUGCAGUGCUGGGAAUGAGGUUCAGCAGCAGCAAGGUUCUGCUAUGGAUACACUCGCUUUUCUUCUCCCUGAUGUCUUGCAUCUUCUUCAUCCAACCAGCUGUGAUCUUUACAGUGGCAGUGGCUGUGUCCUUCUGGUACAGGAAAAGAGCAGACUUUCAUAGUUUCUCCAGUAUAAGAGAGUUUGAAAUAGAGACUUCACAUCUGCUAAGCCACAAUUGUGAUAACCAACAAGAAGAGAAGUCUGGGACAUCUGCCUUUCCUGCUCAGAGAUGCUCAUACAUUGAAAAGCUGCUUGGUGCUCGUCAGCGAGCCCGGUACCUCCGUCUUGUGCGCCCACCGGCUCCAUCAGAGCUGAGGAAAACUCGUGGGAAGGAAAGGAGACAGGCGCUUCUCCGCCACACGCUCAGGGAUUUGUCUGUCUGUGGCUCCAUGCUUUUCCUGAUGCUGUGUAUAAAUUAUGGCAGCUCAUUCACUGACCAUUACCGCCUCAAUAAAGCUGUCAGGAAACAGUUUAUAUGGGGCCACGAUAAUGCAUUUAUGUCCAUACAAAAGCAGGAGGACUGGUGGAAGUGGGCACAGACCAUUCUCCCUAAUCUACUGUACAAGAAUGUAUCAGCCACUACUGAGUCGCGCAUUUUAAUUGGAAAGCCAAUACUGUGGCAGACGGAGGUGUCGAGCUCAUUACAAGGCCAGCUCUCUAGUGUGACUCUCGUACCAGAAUGUCUACGCUUAUUCUUGUCUGGGAGCCAAACAUCCACUUAUCCACAAUCCAGUGCAACCAUUGGCUUAGGCCACACGAAGUCUGACGCAGCGUCCAAACUGAAGCUCCUGCAUUCAGGUGGCUGGCUGGGCAGACAGACGUUGGCCGUGAAGGUCCACUUCACCUUGUUCAGCCCUGCACCCAACUUGUUCACCAGUGUGACUUUGCUCGCUGAGCAGAGCCCCACCGGUGUCCUGCUGCCCUCUGCCAAAGUCCAGUCAGUAAGGGUGUACCACACUCCUGCUGUGUGGGACUAUGUUGUUAUGGUGUGCCAGCUCCUUUUUCUUCUGCUGUCUCUGCUGCAACUCUGUGAUCAGCUGUACACUGUAGGGCAGCAAGGGCUGAUGGGAUACUGGAGGAAACCUGGCAACUGGCUGGAAGUCAGUUUGCUGACAGUAACCCUAGUGUACUAUGUUUAUUACAUCUAUCACUCCGGUAUGAUCUUGGAGGUUGUGGAGCUGCUGCAGAGACACAACUACAAAGGACAUGUCGACGUCAGCCUCCUGGCUACCUGGGAACAAGAUAUUCGUACUCUGCGUAGCGUCACGCUCUUCCUCCUCACCAUGAAGUGUGUGACUGCGUUGAAGGCAAACAGGACCAUGGCCACCUCUGCUACACUGCUCGCUCGCUCACUCUCCAGCCUUUUCUGGCCAACGUUUACCUGUCUUAUCCUGGUGGUGGCGCUGUCCUGCAUGGGGAACCUCCUUUUCGUGCAAAGCUCCGGGGCCUUCAGCUCACUUUCCCGCUCCCUUCAGACUCUGCUCUGCCACUGCUGGGGUCUCAGGGCUGUUAGGGGCCUCCUCCUCCCUGGGCGGGAUUUCCUUUACGGUGGAAUUCUCUGCCUGUCAUCCACUGUGGUGUGGACAGUAUUGGCGAUAGGUGUGGUGUCCUCAUUGGUCAGAAGUGCUAAAAGAUCACAAAGCAGGGGGAAUGUCUUCACCUUGGCAGAGUUAGUCAGCUACAUCAGACAUCAGAUGAUCUCUGGACAGCAUAGAGAAGCAAGGAUUGAAAAUCACGGGGAAGGGAAGACGUAUUACUUAGAGGAGUUUGAAAGCUUAGUGGAUGAACUGCUGUUCAGACUCAACGCCCUCUCAGACAGUCUGCACCACACUCUGCCCCCCAAAGCCCACCGCUACAGGGAGGACAGUCCUGUCAGCUCACCAAUACAGGAGCCCUCCGACAUGGACGCACAGGACUUUGUAAAAUCACAGGUGACAGAAGAGACAGAGACAGUCACUGGCUGUGGAGAAACCCUACCUGCAUCUCACCUGCUCAGGUCCGCGCUUGACCGGGAGAUCCUGCAGUUCCUGCAGCAGCGAAGCCAAAAGAGUGACCAUUCCCCCUCAGACAUGGCAUCAGAUAAUUCACAACAACCUGGAACAAGAGCGGAAGAAAAUCCAAACGAUAAAGAGCUCCAGACUUAUUUAAAGGCACAAAACUACCUGCCACUCCCGGAGUCAGCAUCGCUCAUCAAUGUUUGGACAGAAGAUGUUUUGGAGGAGCAAGUUGACCAGUGGACUAAAACAAAUGACAGUAGCUGGUUACGUAAAAUUCAGGCCGACCACACAGAGGUGGUGGUGGUGGAAGUUCUGGUCCAUGAGGAGCCUGGGAGUGUAGAAACAAUGAGUUUCUAAUAGAAUCUGCAUUUUCUAUUACAUUACAUUGAUACUGUACUGUAUGUAAUAAUUAAUCCAAUUUUGGAUUUUUGGUACUUCAAAACUGGCAUUGUUGCAAAAACUUUAUAACUAGUUGUUUAUGACUUCGUAGUUGAUUAACAGUUUACAAAACACAAGUACACCUUCAUAAUGUAUAAAUAAAAAUGCAUUCUUGGUUGCAAGGUUGUAGAUAAAAUGUCAUUAAUAAAGAGAUUUUUCCCUUUCACAAUAA